AUGGCGGCAAAAGUGCGGGUCAAGCCGUCGCAUGCAUGGAGAGAUGGAGAAGUAGAGAUGGGCGACUUGCCAAGGCCACGUGCAGUGGUGACUGAGGCUGCUGGAGGUUCAAAGCAGACAGAACGUGCUCCGAUGUCCUUUCGGAAUGAACAGUCGAAGGUCCAGUCAGAGCUACACACUGAGCGGCAGACGCUGUUGCGAGCGAAAAAGACACGGUUGCGGGAAAUGGUAGAGACUGAACGAACAGCUGCGUACAAUACGCAGCACGAGCUGCAUGGCAUGCGGGAUGGGCGUCUUGCUCCGGGCAACAUGCCUGUCAAUGAUAUAACGACAGGUGCUGCUGCGUUGGAGAUUGUGGAUGAGUUCAUGAGGGGCCCUCUGAUGGACAAGUUUGGGUGA